AUGUCCGCCGAGGUCACCUUACUCCCUCCUCAAUCGACCGAUCUCUCCUCCUUGUCGAAUCCGACACCUACGAACUCCCUUCCUCCCUUCGCAGCGCUGAACUCGCCCUCGCUCUCACUCCUCCCGUACCUAACGGACGAGUCCUGGCUCAACAUCAACGCCCUCCUAUUCCAGCCCCCGACUGCCAAUGCUUCCUCUUCGCCGGAAACCCAGAGCCCAAACCAGGCGGGGACUCAGAAACAAAACCCCCCGCCGUCUCCACCGACCUCGCAGGUCCGGAAACGACGAAACAACUACUCUAUUCGGCACGCCGCCCCACCCGCGCCGAGGGAAGCCCGAGAGCAGGCGGAUCGUGAGAAGCGCGAGAAUUUCCUGGCGCGCAACCGUCGCGCCGCUACCAGAUGCCGCGAGAGGAAGCGCGAGUUCACCAAGAAGCUGCAGGAGCAGUACGAGGACGUCGCGCGGCGGAAACACGCUCUGGAGUCCGAGUUCGCUCAGCUACAGGGGGAGGUGCUAGGAUUGAAGAAUGAGUUGCUGCGCCACUCGCAGUGCGCCCAUCCGGCUAUCCAGAAUCAUCUGGCUGGUAUGGUCAAGAACUUAACGGUCGCAAAGUCGCCCAUCCUGGCCCGGUCGGGUCCUGCGCCGUGGGAGGCAUCUGCCUCUGCCUCCUCGUCCGUGCCAUCAAUCGAUGAGGAUGCUGGUAGCAGUACCUUGCCGGUCGCCAGUUGCGAAACGGACCGAACGCGUCGAGACUCGGUGCUGAGCGUCAGUACUGACGCCAGCAUGGACAGUGUCAUCGAUGAAGGGUUAUUCGAGGAGUUGUUGAACUAUGGCGGAGGGCCUGCUUUAUAG